CCCCUCGGUCCCGGACUGGCCUCUACAUGGGCCGCGGGGGCAGCGGAGCCGCUGUCGGCUACGGAGGGAGAUCCAAAGACCAUCAUGGACCUCCUAAAAUCCAGUUGUUUAAAGCUGCUGGUUCUGCUGCCCCUUGCUCUGUGCGGGAUCCAUCAAACCUAUGCCGGUGAUUGUAAGGGACGCCGCGAGGUGCUACGCAGCGCUUCUGGCUACGUGACGGAUGGACCUGGCAACUACUCGGUUAACGGCAACUGUGAAUGGCUGGUGGAGGCUCCUAGCAGCAGCUACCGUAUCCUCUUGACCUUCAUGUUUAUGGACACGGAAUGCACGUAUGACUACCUCUUCAUUUAUGACGGAGAUUCUCCCAGCAGCCCUUUGCUGGCCAGCCUGAGUGGCAGCACUUUGCCCCCUACCAUCGAGGCCACCUCGGGCAAGAUGCUGUUACACCUCUUCAGUGACGCCAACUACAACCUGCUGGGCUUCAAUGCGACUUACUCUGUCUCGCUGUGUCCCAUGGGCUGCUCGGGUCAUGGCAUUUGCGAUAACGAUGGGCGUUGUGCCUGCUUCCAAGGCUGGGGUAGCAAGGACUGCUCGGUCCCUGACUGCAACACGUAUUGCCAGAAUCAUGGCACCUGUAACCAGGUAUCACAACAUUGCCAGUGUGAACUGGGAUUUGUGGGUCAGGCCUGUGAUUUAGCCUUGAGUGACAACCAAGGGGCUGGAAAGUGGUACAACGUCAGCAUCCGAGAUUCCAGUUUCUGGCCCCGAACAGCAGCUGCUGGUGCUUUCCUACCUUCUACUGGGGGACUAUACAUUUUUGGAGGCUUGGAUCUAAAUACUGCUUUGGGGGACCUUGUCUUCUAUAACUUCACCACCAAUACUUGGCAUCAGAGGGUGCUUAGCCCUUCCCCAACUGCUCGUCACUCCCACACAGCCGUGGCCUGGGAGGGCUCCCUCAUUCUGUUUGGUGGAGAGCUGGCCACUGGGUCUCUGGCCAACGAUGUCUGGAUGUAUCUCCCCCAGGAGGGCUACUGGCAGGAGCUGGUGCCCCUGAACACGACGAUUCCUCCUGAGUUGGCCGGCCAUGCAUCUGCGGUGGUCGAUGAAUGGCUGUAUGUAUUUGGAGGACGCACCGGGGUGGAUGUCUUCUCCUCCCACAUGUACCGCUUCCACCUGAAACGGUGGACCUGGGAGCUGGUGAUUCCUUCAGGAGGGAAAGCGCCUGCAGCAGCUGGUCACUCCAUGGUCUUCCACCCUGCUUCCCGUACUCUCUUGGUUUAUGGUGGGCACCGGCCCUCCACUGCUCGGUUCAGCGUGCGAGUGAACACCACGGACCUCUUCCAUGUGGACCUGCGUUACUGGAGCACGUUGAGGGCCAAAGAUUCACACCGGGGCCCUCGGGAAAGGGCCUUCCACUCCGCCACCGUCAUCGGCAACUACAUGGUGGUAUAUGGGGGCAACGUUCACAUCCAUUACCAUGAAGAGAAAUGUUACGAGGACGAAAUCUUUUUCUAUCACUUGGGCUGCCACCAGUGGGUCUCUAGUCAUGAGCUGGCACCUCUCAUCACUCAAGAGCACGAAUCCAAGGCUUUGGCCCAGGCGCGUGGCCGGUAUUCCCACGUGGCCACCGUGAUGAAUGGAAAUGUGCUCCUUGUGGCGGGAGGCUAUAGCGGGGUGCCACGGGGUGACCUGCUGGCUUAUAAAGUGCCCACGUUCGUCUUUCAGGUGCCGUCUCAGAUGUACCACCUGGAUUACUGCUCUAUUUACACAGAGAAAAGCAUGUGUGCCAAGGACCCAGAAUGUGCUUGGUGCUCCCGAGGUUGCCAGAGCACUCAGCCCCGCAAUCUUUGCCCCAACAGUGGCUGUCUGGGCCUGGCCCGCCUCUUAGUCGACUGCCAAUCCUGCCUCGCCUUUGGGGACACCAACAGUUCUCUGCCCCGAGCUUCAGGUCCCUUCGGCUGGUGUGUGCAAAAUGAGACUUGCAUGCCCACCUCAGAACAGGGCAGGUGCCAAGUGGGGAAGAUUUCGGGAACGUAUGGCUGGUGGGGGCCGCAGUCUUUCUUUAUCACCUCCUUGGCCCAAUGUCAGCGCGAAGAUUUCUUGCCCGGCCUUCAUCUGAUUACCUACCAGCAGCCACGCAACGACUCCCAGCCGGACAAGGUCUCCAUCGUCCGAAGCACCACGAUCACCCUGAAUCCCAGCACAGAGAUGGAUGUCUCACUGGUCUACAAGGGAUUCAUUCACCCCCUGGUGAGCAGCUCUGGGCCCGCCGAAGACAUCUCCAUCUGGGCACGCAUCCAGCGCCUGUUCGUGGUCGCUAAAUUAGCCCGAGCCCCUGGCGCCUUGGAGCUGGAGAAGGUGGGCAGCUGGGCAGUGCAACAGGAAAAAGAGAAACGGUUACUCCAGCGUCCCGGGGCCGAACGCCUUUUCCCCAGCACCGAGAGGGGAAAUAAGUAUGCCGUGCUGGUGGAAGGCCACCUCAAUAACUCUGGCACUGGGCAAACAAGCGAAUUGACCCUCACGUGGGAUCGCACCGGCGUGCCAGGGGGCAGCGUGAGUAUCUCAGCCGGGGCGUGGCACGAGCCCUUAUGGCGUACCACCUGCUCCGAGUGCCUCUCCAAUUCCAGCCAAUGUGCCUGGUGCCAAUCCACCCGGAAUUGCUUCUACUUUGCAGCCUACCUGGCUAAAUACCCCUAUGGGGAUUGCCGUGGGUGGUAUGACAGUGUUCACUCUGUGCCCCAAUGCCUGGACUGCACCCGGUUUAACACCUGUCGUGAAUGUUUGCAAAACUUUGAGUGCGGCUGGUGUGGCAACUCCGACAACCCUACCUUGGGCAGGUGCCUCCCAGGAGAUUUCUCCGGCCUCAGCACUUUCUGGAACUGCUCGGUGGCCCUGUGGGAAUCCCACAGACUGCCUCCCUCCCACCCGGCUCAGUGGUCGUACGGGCAGUGUCCCGACGUGGACGAAUGCCGCCUGGGCUUGGCCAACUGCCACCCCUUCGCCCGGUGCAAGAACACCCCGGAUUCCUUCCAGUGUCACUGCAACCGAGGUUACGCAGGCGACGGGGUGGCCUUUUGCAACCAAACGUGCUACGAUGAGUGCGCCCAUGGAGAAUGCAGCGGAGCCCCCAACUUCACCUGUUUGUGCGACUUAGGCUGGACCACCGAACUCAUCACGGGGGCCACCCCUCCCCCCAGCGGAGUGCAGUGCAACCUGGAUUGCGGGUGCCAUUUCCACAGCACCUGCCACGUCAAGGGCCCCGGGUUCUGUGAUGAAUGCCAGAACUGGACUCACGGGGACCGCUGCCAUCUUUGCCGGCCGGGCAGCUACGGGAAUGCCACCACCCAGACCGGCUGCCGUCAAUGCGCCUGCAACGAGCAUGGCCUGGAGGAGAUGGGCUAUUGCCACAGCGCCACGGGGGCCUGUUACUGCACCCCACCCACCGAGGGGCUGCACUGUGAGCGCUGUGCCCCCGGCUACUCGGGGGACCCCAGAAAUGGUGGCAUCUGCUACCAGGAAUGCGUGGGGCGCACCUUGCUGCUCAACCUCUCUUCCUCUUCCUCCCUGAGCUCUCAGCGGGCUGGGGGCCCCCUCGCCAACGGUCUCUCUUACUGCGUCUGGGUUUUGUCAACUGGUGCGGACAUCCAGCCUUGCCGGCCGGAACAAACCUGCCCGACAAUCACACUCACUAUUCAACCGGACACCCUUUGUAUGCACAACUAUAUCUACGUUUUUGACGGCGUCCCCGACUUCCUGGACACAGGACUGAUCCAGCUGGAUCGGAGUCUCAUUGGGGCAUUCUGCGGCCAGAGUCAUCCCCGUCCUGUCACUGUCGAAGCGGUAUCAGGCCUCCUGGUCAUCUACUACGAAGCCAACACUAGCGACGCCUCAGGCUUCAACGCAACGUACCUGGUCCACCGUUGCUGGCCCAGCUGCCACGUCAACCAGGAAUGCCAGCAGGGCCACUGUGUUUGCAAGCCUGGCUACACCGGGCCCAGCUGCAAGUUCCAGAUCUGUCCCGGCAACUGUAGCGCUCACCUUGGGCAGGGGCUUUGCAACAGGAGACUGGGUCUGUGUAUCUGCAGCCAUCGCUUUGCUGGGGCCGACUGCACCAUCCCGCUGGAAGCUGACAAGAUCAUUUGGGAAACUUUGAUUGACACCCAGUUGACGGCUGACACAGCCAGCCGCUUCCUUCACCGUUUGGGCCACACCAUGGUGGAGGGUCCUGACUCCACACUCUGGAUGUUUGGAGGCAUGUCGCUGCGCGAAGGAAUGCUGGGUAACGUCUACAGGUACUCCAUCGCCGAACGUCGCUGGACUCAGAUGCUGGCAGGGACUGAGGACCGAGGGCCGGGCCCCAACCCCCGUUACUUCCACGCGGCUGCCUACAUAUCCCCAGGCAAAGCCAUGUACGUCCUGGGUGGGCUGACGGCCGACGGCGUGGCCAGCGAUUUCUGGCUGCUCAACCUCACCACUUUGCAGUGGAGGCUUCUGCCGGACCCUCUGAUCCCAGCCGUAGCUGGUCACACCCUCACGGCGCGGCGCGGCUCAUCCUUGCUUCUGAUCGGUGGCUACUCUCCCGAGAACGGCUUCAACAAGAAACUGCUGGAAUACAACGUGGCAUCAGAGAGCUGGCACGCCGGGAACCAGGCAGGAACACCUCCGACAGGUCUCUACGGCCACUCAGCUGUGUACCACGAGAGCACAGAUGCUGUUUACGUCUUUGGCGGCCACCGUUUCCACGUGGAGAUGGUGUCGGCUUCUCCUGAACUCUACAGCCUUUAUUAUCCCAACUUGACCUGGAGUUUACUGGCCCCGUCUCAAGGACCAAAGCCCCUGGCUCAUUUCUUCCACGUGGCAGCCGUGCUGAAGGACACCAUGGUGGUCAUCGGAGGGCGGACCGAACGGGAGAAUUUCACCAACCACGUUUUCUUCUACCAGCUGAAUUGCAAUACGUGGAUCCUUCCCAACAGCACAGCCGUGGCCGUCGUGGGGGAGCCCAUCACGGAAUCCAUCGCCCACGCCAUGGCUUCGGUGGGAGGCCGCCUCUACCUCUCCGGGGGCUUCAACGGGGUGGCCCUGGGGCGCAUGCUGGCCCUCUCGGUGCCCCACGACCCUUGCCUGAUCUUCUCCAGCCCCGAAGCUUGCAAUGGCUCCAACGCCAGCUGUGUCUGGUGCCACGCCAGCUGCCUCUCUGCAGAUGCGGCUGAAAGACAAGGCUGCCCCUUUGGUGGGAUCUCCUGCUUUCCCACCCCAAGGUCUCCAGACGAGUGUCGCCGGCUCAGAACUUGUAGCGAGUGCCUCGCCCAACAUCCUCGCGCCAUGGCCCACAGCCUGGGUAUUCCCCCUUUGCCGCAGUGCAAAUGGUGCACCAACUGCCCCGAGGGCGCGUGCAUCGGCAGCACCGGCAGCUGCACGUCGGAGAACGACUGCCGUAUCAACCAGCGGGAGAUCUUCGUGGCCAGCAACUGCUCGGAGAUCUCGUGCGAGGCCUCCGACUGCGCCAAGUGCACGGCGUCGGGGAAGUGCAUGUGGACGAGGCAGUUCAAGCGCACCGGGGAGACCCGCCGCAUCCUCAGCGUACAGCCCACCUACGACUGGACGUGCUUCAGCCACUCGCUCCUCAACGUCUCCCCGAUGCCCGUGGAGUCCUCUCCCCCGCUGGCCUGCCCCACACCCUGCCACAACCACAGCACAUGUGGAGACUGCCUCAACUCCAAGGGGGCAGAUGGGGGUUGGCAGCAGUGUGUCUGGAGCAUCAGCCUGCAGCAGUGUAUGAGUCCAACUUACCUACCGAUGCGCUGCGCAGCCGGGAUGUGUGGCCGGGUGCUGAGCGGGUCAGAGAGUUGCGCGCCAUCCUGUUCCCGUUUCCAGCAGUGUGCUCUCUGCAUCCAGCAGCCUCGGUGUGGCUGGUGCAGCUUCCGGGAAGAGAACGGCAAAGGGCGCUGCCUGGAGGGUGGACGGAGUGGACCUCGCCAUGGACUGGUGGACUUGUGCGGCCUAAAGGCAGACUGGGCGUUCAUGUCGUGCCCCCCUGAGAAUGAGUGCCUCAAUGGGCACCACGACUGCAACGAGACCCAAAAUUGCAGCGACCUGCCCCACAGCUACAAAUGCACCUGCAAAAACGGCUACACCCUGGACAACAUUACAGGGCUCUGCAAACCGGUGUGCGAGCAAGGCUGUGUGAACGGGACCUGCGUGGAACCCAAUGCGUGCCAGUGCCAUUUUGGCUACGUGGGUCAGAAUUGCUCGGUGGAAUGCCAGUGCAACAAACACAGCAAUUGCCGGGGUGUGGCAGCCCAAGACCAGUGCCUGCAGUGUUUCAACAACACCAUGGGGCAACACUGUGAAAAAUGCCAGCCGCUCUUUGUCGGGUCGGCCCUGAACGGCGGCUCCUGCCGGCCCUGCCACGUUUUCUGCCGAGGGAACAGCAACAUGUGCAUCACGCGGGAAGAAUACAAGCGAGCGCAGCAGGAUCCGGUCCGCUUCCCCCUGGAGCCUGCCUUGAUCCCCACCUGGGUGGCCGAAGGGCCUGCUGAGGAUACAGCGGUGUGUGUGAACUGUCAGAACAACAGCUUUGGAGACAAGUGCGAGAGCUGCCUACACGGAUACUUCCUGCUGGAGGGCAAAUGUACCAAGUGCCAAUGUAACGGCCACGCCGACUAUUGCCACGAACUGGAUGGGACGGGCUGCCCGUGCCAAAACAACACAGAGACCGGAGGCUGCCAGAACAGUGCCCAGGCCGAUAAAAAGGACUGCUACAAACAACAGUGCGCCAAAUGCCGGGAAUUCUUCCACGGGAAUCCGGUGGGCGGCCACCAAUGCUACCGGCUGAUCAUUGUCGAUCAGGAGAGCUGCUUCGACCCGACGUCCCAACUCAACUGCUUUCACGAGCCAAACAUCAAGAACUUGCUCUUCGGACGCUCGGUUUUUUUCGGCGUCCAGCCCAAGUUUACCAACGUGGACAUCCGGAUCACCAUCGACGUGACCUUCGGCGGAGUGGACGUCUACAUCUCGACCUCCUACGAAACGUUUGUGGUGGACGUCGACCGGGCGACCGGCAUUCACCUGGUGAGGGUUGUCCCCUCGGGGGAAGAGACGCCGACGCGCAGCAACGGGAGCCAGUCUUCCCCGCUGGUACGGGAGGCGCAGGCGCACGGCUUGAUCACUUACAUCACCGUGAGGGAGCAGCAGGCAGUGCUGAUCGUGCGAGGUGUCCGAGACCGCGUGGUCAUCACUUACCCGCACGAGAUCCACGCCCUGAAAUCCAGCCGCUUUUACGUCAUCUUGCUGGGCAUCGGCGGCGGCAGCCCCAACGUCACCGAGUCUCAGGGCCUGCUCUUCUUCCGCCAAGACCAGGCGCACAUCGACCUCUUCGUCUUCUUCUCCGUCUUCUUCUCGUGCUUCUUCCUCUUCCUCUCCGUCUGCGUCUUGCUUUGGAAAGUCAAGCAGUUCCUGGACUUGAGGCACGAGCAACGGCGCCACUUGCAGGAGAUGACCAAGAUGGCCAGCCGGCCUUUUGCCAAAGUGACCAUCUAUUUUGAGCCAGAUAAUUUGGGGGCACCGGCCGAGCUGGUUUUCCUCCCCGCUCGCCCUCACAAACUCCCGUCUCUGGCAGCGGCCCAGCCCCUCCCCAGCCGCUUGAAACCCUAUCACGAAGUCCCCUACCCCGUGGCCCAUUUCCGCCGCUCAGAGCCCUUCCUGUCUCAUCUCAUGGGCUACUCCUACUCCAGCUUCCGGGUGGGUCCCAUCACUUUGGAGCCGACAGACGAUGGCAUGGCCGGGGUGGCUACCGUCCUCUUCCAGCUACCGGGCGGGCUGCAGGCCCCCAACCGUGCCUGCCUAGGCUCUGCUCUCGUCACCCUGCGCCACAAUCUCCAGGACUACUGUAGCAGCAGCCAUGGCAUGAGCAGCUCCCGGAAGGGCCUGCUCAGCCACGAGAACCUCACGAGCAUGUCCCUAUGAGUGAGUGGGGAACUCCGCCCUGCUGGGGCUCCAGAGGGGCUCCAGCCACCUUCACCUGCCCCGUGGAGGGGCUGAGAAGGGCAGGACCUGCAGGCUGGUACGUCGUCGGCACAGACCUUCCUGCCAGCUGGAGAUGUGUCUACCAAAUGGGGAAACCAGAGCUGCUCUUCGGGGCUUGCUGCGUGCCUGCUCUACUGCCCUCCUGCGUGGGAGAGUCUCGGGGCCAACUCAGUAUGAAGGGAUGGUACAGGCCGCAGGGAUCUAUAGACCUUGGAGACUUUACGACUUGUGGACUUCAACUCCCAGAAUUCCUCAGGCACCCAUGAGCAUGGCUGGCUGAGGAAUUCUGGGAGUUGGAGUCCACAUGUUGUAAAGCCGCCAAGGUUUGAGACCCCUGGUACAGGGGGAGUGUGCACGUGGGCCCCCAGCCUCACUCUUAAUGACCGCGUUUCCCCAACACGCUUAACCAAGUCCUGGUGUCCACGUUGGCGCAACAUGCUCAGCUUGGGUUAGUAUUCACUGGUGGCUCUUCUGUGUCUUCAUACGUGUGAACCCCGCUCCUUUGUUUAGCUGAUGUUUCCAUACAGGGCAGAAACCCAAGAGAACAAAGCAGCUGCGCGGUUUCCACCGUAAAAGACUGUGUGAAGGCCGCCUGUGAUCGAGCCCCAGGCCGGGCUCGUCCAAAAGUGGGUGUAGAGCUGGAGGAAGGAUGGCGUUUCAACCUUGGGAUUGUUCACAGCCUUGCAUUCCCAGCGCUGUGUAGAGACUCCGCUAAGAUCUCACCUCGCUUGCUUUCUCCCCAGCGUUGCUGCCAAUCGGCCAGAACUAUCAGGCACCCCACCUCCGUGGGCACCACAAAUCCCAAAACACUUUUAAAGUAGUUGGCUGGCAAAAAAAACUUCUCUUGGAUUUGAGAUUGUCUCUGUUCGAGAAGGAGUAAAGUUGGUGUUUGGAAUGAAUCAUGUCAAUCUGGAGUGGAGGAGCAGGAACAAUAUCCCAAACGAAUCAGUGGGAGAAAAAAAAAAAAAGGGCACGUUGGGCAAUUCUUCUACCCAGCCUGCGGUUUUGUUUAACAUGAAUGAGCUUUGGGGUUGAUAGACAUCUCCCUUUCAAAUUAGAAGCAGCAGCAGCAGAAGAUGUACCUUCGAUGCCUGGGAGAUAAUCAUGCUUUGAGUUUUGCUGUAGCUUCUUAAUCUUGAAGGGCUUAAUCUUGUUGCAACGCCGGGCGAGCUGCCGCGUGGUGAUUAAAAUCGCUAAUCCCACGCUGGAUGGGAGUGAACGAACGGAAAGCCGGGCGCAGGAGCCACGUUAAUGCCAAGCAGCUAAACUGGUCAGAAUUAGGGAGCCGUUGCUGUUUUUUUUUGUAUCAAGUUGCCCUCGACGCCGCUGUGAGGGUCCAGGUGUGGCGCUGAAAACUUGGUGUGAUGGGAGGGAUCAGGGAAAUGGCGAGGGGAGCAUUGCUUUCACUUCAGAGCAAAGCACAGGGUUAUUGCCUCCUGCUGCAUUCCCUGCGUGGCUGCUGCGGCCUCUUGUUUUAAGCCCCUUUUGUCUGCUCUCAGUCCGACAUUGUCAUUCCUUCCCGACAGGUCAGUUUUCCCUUUCCUGGUUAAUUGUGAAGUGGGCUUCAUGGGUGCCAAGAUGGCUUAACAGGGACUUUUCAACUCGCGUGCCAUCUGGCACGUAGCACAAGGGCAGCAACAGCAGCUAGCCAGCCAAUCCUUGCACACAGUCCCCUUGGAAAGAAGGAAAAGAAAAUAACCAUCAAUCAUUGUUUGUCAACUUCGAAAACUUUCAGAUGUGUGGACUUUAACUCCCAGGUCCCAGAUCCUGGGGAAUUCUGGGAAUUGAAGUCCACGUACCUGAAAGUUUUCGAGGGUUGAAGGAUGCUGCUAUAAAUUAUCCAGUGUAACAUCUGCUAUUUAACUUAUUGUCUAUGGUAGCUGCGCCUUCCCAAUCCCAACCGUCUCCAAGUCAAAAUAAAUGAAAAAAAAAAAAAAACCCAA